ACCUCAUUUGGACGAUACGCGCGUCUUUUUCUUUUUUAGAAAGCACGUUUAACUGACAGACAGGAGCUGGCCAAGACAAGGGAGCGGAAUUCAAUCAGAGGUGGAUCGCUGGCGACUCGUUUCAGUGGCGCCCAGAGACCCGAGUCACUUUUCACUUCUACCUCCAUUGGAUUACUUUUUCACACUGACCUGUUGGAAUAUAACAUGUUGAAAAUGGAAAGGAAAGCUUUUUGUAGGAGAUUGUGUACUGUACUAUUCUUUGCCAACUGUGUUUCAGGUAACUAUCCCAAGGCACAGAACGUUUCCUGGUUGUCUAUCAACUUCAAAACACUACUUAUGUGGGAUCCUAAACCUUUCAACUAUUCAUACACUGUUGAAUAUUCUGUUAUUGGUCAGAUAAGAGAGUGGAACCAACACUGUAUUCGGACCAUGUCGACUGAGUGUGACCUGUCCAACGUUCUGACUGACCUGAAGGCCACAUACUCAGCUGAUGUCCUCUCAGAACCCCUACACAGAGUGAACUCUGACCUCACAGAGUUCCCCCACACCAGUUCGGAAGGGUUCACCCCUUACCAAGACACUCUUAUAGGCAGACCUGAGUUCAAGAUUGAGGUGAGCAAAGAUAAGAGGAAGAUCACCCUGUAUGUAGAAGACCCUCCCAUAGCCCUGUUCAACGAGCAGAACAAACUAAAGACCAUGCGGGAUGUCUUCGCUGAUGAGCUGCAGUACAAAGUCACCUUUGGGAAAGCAACGAGCACGGGCAAGAAAACCAAGAUGUCUGCCAGCAGUGAGAUAGAGCUAGACAGGAGGGAUAUAGAGCCUGGGGUGAGCUACUGCUUUAAAGUCCAGGCCUACAUCCCCUCCCGCAGCACAGACAAACAGCUGGGAGAGCUCAGUCAAACACAGUGUUCACCGGGUGCCAAUAAGUCCUUCUUUGAAGAGUUUGGAAUCGGUGUGAUCGCUGGGUUCAUCCUCCUCGUCAUUACGAUCAUAGUGGUGGCUAUCGUAGUCACAGUGGUGUGCUGCCGACGCACAAGGAAAGCCAACACAAGUGGGAAAGAAGGAGUGCCACUAAGAAGUGUGUAAAAAAUGUAUCGUCGACACACAAUUGGGAACACAAUGUACAGCUAAACUGGACUUUGAAAUGGAGGCUGUAGGUCAGCAUUUCUUCUGUGAAAUCGCAGAGGGAAUAUGUUACACAUACUGUAGUGUGUAUUUUGUUUCCGUGCAGUGCUGCAAUAUUUUCCUUUUUAUUUGUUGAGUGGCACUUCUACUGCUGUGAAUAUUAGCUUUCAGAAACACUACCACUACCAAUAACACUACCAGCAUAUUUUAUUGUGUUUUAUAUCGUUUUUUAACUUGAUAUGAUCUUUGGGAAAAUAUAUCUUGAUUUUUAGGAGACGGCUGAAAACUAAAUGAUAUGGGAAAUGA